AGCUACAUCCUUUAAGGGCUCCGGAUAUCUGUGGUGAAUUAGUCACUCUAGUGCAGCAGUAGUAUGGGGCAGCUGUUGCCACUAACGACUCUGCUACUUUUAGUUUCAGCAAGCAUGCAAGCUGCAGAUCUCCCAAAGGCUGUGGUGUUCCUAGACCCUCCAUGGGUCAGGGUGCUCCAGGAGGACAAUGUGACUCUGAAGUGCCAGGGGGCCCACCCCUCUGGGCACAAUUCCACACAGUGGUUGCAUAAUGGAAACCUCAUCUCAAGCCAGGCCUCCAGCUACUUCAUUGCAUCUGCCAGAGUUGAGGACAGUGGAGAGUACAGGUGCCAGACAGGCCUCUCCAUGCUCAGUGACCCUGUGCAGCUAGAUGUCCACACUGGCUGGUUGUUGCUCCAGGCCCCUAAGCGGGUGUUCCAGGAGGGGGAGACUAUUCGGCUGAGAUGCCACAGCUGGAGGAACAAGGCUGUGCAUAAGGUCACGUAUUUACAGGAUGGCAAAGGCAAGAAGUAUUUUCAUCACAAUUCUGAGUUGUACAUUCCAGAGGCCACACGCAAUGACAGUGGCUCCUAUUUCUGCCGGGGCCUUAUUGGGUAUAACAACAAGUCUUCAGAGACUGUGAACAUCAUCGUUCAAGGUCCAGCAUUUCCAUCCACCUCCCCAGUCUUCCCACCUUGGCACCAAAUUGCUUUCUGCCUGAUUAUGGGACUCUUAUUUGCAGUGGACACAGGGUUAUAUUUUUCUGUGCAAAGAAAUCUUCAAAGGUCAGUGGAAGACUGGACAGAACACAAAUUUAGAUGGAGCCAGGACCCUCAGGACAAAUGACCCCUGGGAUAAUAAGAGCACUGGCACACCUUCUAUGAACCUGUGGAUCAGCAACCUCAUCAUCCCCAUCAGGCAUUUCUUUGAGCAACAGAAAAAAAUACAACUCAGGGCCUGGGCUGAGGGCACCUUUCCCAACUCUGUUUUCUCUAGGUCUCUAGUAAAAGGAAAAGACCAAAAGCAAUGUCCCAGUGAGUAGCUACUCUCCAGGAAUUGAGUGCAGGAGCUAUACACUUUCUCUGGCUCAACCAUUUCCUCACAUACUCUGGAUGGUGAACCUUUAAAUGUGUAAAUGUAUAAACCUUUUAAUGUAUUGUUCCUGAAUAAAUGAAUAAGUAGAUAAACCAUUAACAGUUGAGGAAGGGCCACAAGGACAGUGGUCUGGUUGCCUUCAGGGGAACCCCGAACUCCUUCCAAAUGGAGGGUGGGAACUCCUGGGGACCUAGGCACAAUAGACUUAAUGAAGGAGAUGAGAAAGAGCAGUGGACAGACCAGGGGAGGUACCCACAUCUGGACCUAGAGUUAAGAUUGCCUAGAGCAGGAGCCAUGUUGGAGUCAUCGGAAUUUACAGCCAUGACAUCUAGUUGAGUUUUCCAGAGCAGUCUCUGUCAGAAUUGGAAUAGUUUGUGAAUAUAUAAUAAUGAAUCCUUUUAAAGCAAUGAAUAGACAGUAGGCCUAGGAAGGGGACUGAAGACUGGGGGUGGAUUGGGGCAGGAAGCAUGAGUUGAAAAAGAAAAUAUAGAUCAAACCUGUGUUAUGCUAAGUGAAACAGAGAUAGUUCCGCCUCUGAGCUGAGAAAAGCACAGUCAAAAAAGAGUUAACCACAAGUUCACAGGAAGGAAUGGUCAGAGAGUGAAGACACUUUUGAUGACCAACGUGGUAAGAAUUAGAGACAAGAAGGGGCAGGGACUAUAAAAACAACUUUUUUGUUUUCUGUUUCGGCAUCUAAUUCAGAUAUAACUUUGUUCACAUCAUUCAUUAAACAAAUGUUGGAUAACCAAUGCUAAAUGUCCUGAACUCUACUGACUGAGUUUAAUUGUGAAACUUUGAAAUUUCUCAGCACAUCAGUAUCAAUGGGGUGGGGGCAAAGAAGGAAACCAUUGUUUAUGGAAGAAAGCUUCAGCUAUCUCUUUCUGUCUUGCAUUCAAUAAAACAUUUUACAAGAUCUUGAAUGCCACUCUCAAAAGAUGGAAAAAACAUGGUAAUAAAACAAGAAUGAUGUGA